UGGUUGAAAACCCACUAAGCCGGCCUACCUGGAGACUACAAUACUCUAGACCUUUACAGAGGUUAGCAUUAUGGACAAAUAUGGUCGCGAGAGUGGGACGUGUUGUUUGAGUGAGGUUGUGUGAGGAAGGGGAAGUGUGAACGUUCUGUCGCUCUCAGUUCCCAGAAAGAGGCGACUUUCAAGCCUUCCCAGAAAACUGUGCCCAUGAAGACUCCCCCGUGUCUCCAGUAACCAGAAGACAUGCAGAAUUACCCGGGACUCAGGUGGCCGCAGCUGCCGCCGGCCAGGUGGAGACCUGACUUCCCGGUGCCUCCCCUGCCGAUGCCACCUGAGAGAGGGGUUUUCCCCUUCCAGCGACCAGUCCGUAUGGCAGGGGCGGGCGGCGGGCACGAGUCCUCGGGGCAACCUCCACCUGGGCCCGUCAUCUACUCCGUGCACUCUGGCGCUCACAUUCCACAGGAAAUAGCGCGGGACAUCGGAGUGCCUCUUCAGUACCUCGGCUUUAACCACCCUAUGCUGGCCCACAACGAUGCCCCCUCCCAACCGUUCCCUACAUCCGGGGUACAGCAGCCCUUCCCACCCCACAACCCGAGGCACCCCGACCCUCGUUCCCAGGCACAGCUGACGCGACCCACGGUGACGUCACCUCCCGUGUCCAGAAUCAUCAUGCCUGCAUGGCAACACAACAAACCCAUGCCGCUGGCCGGUAUCCACCCGUACCAGUGGACCAAGGCCGACGUGUUGACCUGGGUUCGCUGGGCGGUGGACGAGUUCUCUCUGACCGGCGUGGAUGAACAGAGGUUCGGCAUGAACGGCAAGGCUCUGAGCCUGCUCGGGAAGGAAGGGUUCACCGACCGCGUCCCGUUCGCCGGUGACGUCCUCUACAACCUGUUGCACAACUUACUGCAAGGCUACGAGCACUUAGCGAGGAACAACAUUCCAAUCAGCCAACCCCGUAACGCCCCUAUGUGCUACCCCACCCCUCCAUCCACCAACCCGUCCCCUCAGAUCACCGUGUCGUCCCCGGGGGCCACCAUAACGAGGCUCUUGGACUCAGGGGACCCCGUCCCUACCCAACCUGUGGCUUCCCAGAAGUCGGAAACGGAGACGGACAAGCCGAGUGAAGUCGAGAAACUCGUGACCUCGUCAUGCAGUCCGACCGGUAGUUCAGAGAUAGUCCGCACGGCCUCGGCACAGCUUCACAGACUGAAAGAACAGCACGACAAGCUGCUGCCCUCUGUGCUGUCGGCGCCAGAGUUACAAGUUCAGGACGAACCCGUUGGCACGACAGGAAGCCCGACCAUGCCGGAGCUCACGAAGAUCGAGGAUAGUCCCACCAGUGUCAUCACUACAGGGUCACAAACAACGUUGACAGAUAGUAGCAGUGGCCAUGAGGCGGUCAUACAGCGGCCUAUGGUGGCACCCGUCGUGCCAAACUCAGCCCGAUGCGAAGAAGACCAGAAAAAAUCGACAAACCAGGACCCAGCUUCAGUCCAAGGUCACAAGACAGAUCCGAUGUCGAGGCACCCCAAGAGAAGAUGGAGUGUAGAUGCUGUCGUCAGGGAGACUGCCAAUCCCAUCAACCACGAUCAGCGCGCUGCCAAGGUCAUCAGGGUCGGGCCCACUGUGGAGGGAGUUGAAGUUCAAGGACGGAUGAUGUCACCUCCAAGUUUGCCAGGAGAGAAGACUCCCAGAGUCGGAGAGAACAUCUUUAUUCCAUGCCCUGAGAUAGAAAGAGAGCUUGCCAAGCUGAGGGAGAGGGACGCGCGCAGAAUGAAACUCUACGACAGGUCCAUCAACGAAGAAAGUCUGAGGGCUGAGAGAAGAUACAUGGUGUACGCAGAGCCUGGUCGGGUCAUCCGACCGUUCGAUCAGGUACAGUUUCAGGCUCAUUUGCAAGGGGGUUCUUUUGUCCGACCUCCCGCUCAUACCGGUCCAGUGGUUGGGGAGGCAGCCGUCCUUCAACAGCUGCAUGGACCACCGUUGCACGCGUUGCCUGCACAACAGGGAACAACCCCUACCAGCACACCUGCGUCAAUAGCACAGAGGCCAGUCACGCGCUCCUCGCAGAAUGGGGCACAGCAACAGGCGUCAACCACCGAUCAUCAGGAGAAGAAAGAGUCAAAUGCACAAUCAACGCAGACACAGGAAACUGCCGGUGUCGACGGUCUGAAGUCCGCUGUGUCCGAUACGAGCAAAGCAUCGGAGCCAAGUCACACACAAACUCGGGAUGGAAACAUGCCCCCAGCCGUCCCACCAGGCCAUACUGCCCUGGGACCACACCUAAUCCGUGGAGAUGCCAGGCUGCCACUCUUACACAGCACCAUUGAGCAGCUCAGAGCACGGCGACCGCCUCUCUUCCCCUACAUGCGCUUGCCGCUCCCCGCGCAGAUCCUGGGACCAGACGGCAAACCUCUACACGAGAUGGUUGCCAGGCACCGUCUUCCAGUUCCUGUUUUCCCUCAAUAUUCCCGGCAAGAGAGGGACCGAGGACCCGAACAAGUGCCUACAAGUGGGGAACACCCGGUGUCCGUUGACCAACCCCCAAGACCCGUCUUCCCGCCCAACUCCACAAGUGAUCCAAACCUCCGGACGCUCCCCGUGCCGCCCAUCUACAGGCUCGCCGUGCCGACAGCGCCGCCUAGCGGCCCGUCACCAGGACAGCAGGUGUACGACCUCAGAGGCGUCCCACAGGACAGACCUGUAAGCAGUCGACCCGAGGACCCGCCCAGUGCCCCGGUCCAGGAACACACACCCGCGAUGACAGAUGUACGGGUCAAGGUUGAGAGACCAGAGGGCCCGGAGGAGGGUUAUGGGGUGGCCCCAGAGAAUAGGCAAGGUCAUGACCACAGCACACACCAGCAGCGCUCCCCAGUUAUCAUCAAGACAGAACAUAGGGAGGAGGAACCAUCAGAUGUGACAGGGCAAGACCAGGGUGAAGAAGCAGUCACACCCAACACCGUGGAGCCAUCGGCCCAACAAGCUGUCAAUGAAGAGAAACCCAGUGAGGAAGCCGCACAGCAGCAUAUCCUGAGACAGAUGCUGACCAGGGAUAGAAAAGGAUACUGUAAGGAAUUCUGGGAAAGGGUCCACAACUCCCAGUCAUCUUCCACAACACUGACCACCCCUACUAAUGACAUUAAGCUCUUCCAAGGUGUCACAACAUCCCAGCCCACAUCCCUGGUGCCUAUCCUGCCAAUGCCCCAUCCCGAUCCCCGGGGCCCGCCCCCACCCCCAGUGAAACGAGGAAGGGGAAGGCCGCGGCUCUACUGGCCAGGGUACAGGAAGAAACCCCCACCACAGACUAACACACCGCCAGGGGCACCGGUCAGAGGUACAAAAUGCCGUCUGCUAUGGGAGUUCCUGUUACGUCUCCUGGCAAACGAGGAGAAGUACAAGCACGCCAUCAAGUGGCUCGACAAGCCGAGAAAGGUCUUCCGUAUCGUCAAUGCCAACGCCAUUGCAAGGCUGUGGGGCAAGCAGAAGAACCGUGACAACAUGACGUACGAGAAGCUCUCUCGUGCCAUGAGGUACUACUACCGCAUGGACAUCCUGGUGAAGGAAGGGUCCCAGAGACUCACAUACAGGUUUCUGAAAGGGCUGGAGGACAUCCACGCUGAUCGUGCCAACCGGCGUCGGAAUCGCAGUGGGUCCACAAGUGCCACAUCACGUAACGCGCCGCCCCUCACCAAUGAGCCACACAACAAGAUGGGGGUCCUGGAUCUGGAUGCCGAGGGGAAGGUAGAGGCCAAACCCCAACACAACAACUUAGGCAACAUGCAGCAAGAAACGCAAAGGUUGUACGGGACCAGUGUCGAAAACGUAUCCUCCUCUAUGCAAAAAGAGUCUGAAGAAGGAUCUGGUCAGCAAAUGCCCUCACAGGGAGCAUCAUCGUCCGUAUCUCCUGGCUAUAGCCAAGCUCUGGACGUUAAGAUGUUCAGGAGAUCUCAUUCUAUGCCACAAGAGGUAGCAAACGUAACAUCUGUCCCUAAGAUGGAAAAAGACACUGUACCGGUGAAGAUACCAUACAGAUCAGAGGACACACCAGCAGCUAAUGAAAACAAUGUAAGGAACUUCAGGCCUAGUUUAGAUUCCCAGUAUAUUGAACUGAAUAGGAUGCUUCGUCAUCAGGCAAUGCCUUCAUCAGUUGUGCCCAGUCGAGGGUAUCACAGAACGACAGACAACAUACCAAAGGCAACCACCGCCCCACCUAUUUUCAAGAAAAGGAGAUUUUCAGUUGAUGGUGCAACUCCUUACUCCACAGCAAGCCUCGAUGUUUCCAAUAACACCAAUGGUGGAACUGCAGGUUCUAACACCACCAAGCCAUACCUUCAGCCUCCACAUCGCCCUGAGUCAGCUGACACACACGUGCAUGUACGGAUCACAGAGGCUCCCUCACCAAAAAGGACAAAAAUUCAUCACGUUUUCUUCCCUCCCGCAGAGCAUUCCCCAGGAGGUAGGGAACCAGAAUGUGAGAGGGAUAAGGAAGACAGUGGUGAACAGGAGGAGCCUCUGGACAUGAGUGUUAAGAAGACCUGAAGGACUAUUAAAAACGCGACUUAAUUAUCACCACAAAAAGAAACGCGAAAAUUACAUAGUAUAGUCUUCCAUGUACCCUAGUGUAAGCAGAUCAUUGACAAAAAAAAAGCUGCUCCUGUAGUGUUCUAAAUGCAAGUUACUUACAUUAUAGAUAAUGUCGUACAUUUAGUCUCCAUCCACGAGCACUAGCAUUUAUUGUUGGGGAGGGCUGGUUUGCGAUUUCAACUUAUUGGCUAGAUUCUAAUGUCGGCAAUGCUCCACUAAAAACUAGCCCGCUAGCAGGUGCAGAUGUCGAACUAACCUUCCCAGCAUACAUUGUAAGAACCUGGCCCAUACAGUGUACACAAUGUAUGUUCGAACGUUCAAAAUUGUGAAUCAGCGCUCCCUCUGCAAUAAACACCAAUGCACGUCACAAAGGAGGCUAUAGUAUUGUAAGUUUUAUGGACAAUAUUUCUGACCAAUAGCUUCCAGCAGACUGGGUGUUUUAAGCUUUGUUGUUGUUUUUUCAAACACUCUGCCAACUAUUAAUAUAUCUGUAUACUAUUAAUGUUGAAUUAUAACACUGCCAGUUUUUGUGCAAGAGUCUACAACUUGGAGUUUGGCUCAUACCAAGCACUGCCAGUGUUUUAUCAUCUGUAUAUCACAUAAACAGAAAGUUGCAACUGAUUGUCUUGGUGCUAAAUCAGGUGCCUGUAAUUAUGUACAAAUCUUGGGAUGCAAGAUUAUGAAUUUCCUCUGUGCCUUUGCGAUAUAAAUUUUGUACUUUUACAGGGAUUGUAUGUCCAGAGAUCUAUCAGCUUUAUAUAUUCCAGUGGCUCUGUCCAACAGUGUUCAUGAAUAUCCAAGUUAUCAAUAAAAAAUGAUAUCCAUAUUUGAGGGAUAACAAGGUAACAAAAUUAAUGUUAAAAUAAAGUCUUAUCCUGUGUUGUGAAAUACAGGUUGUA